AUGAAAGAAAUCCGAACCGUGUUCCACUGGUGGGAGUUACUUCCUCUUUACAUGAGGUCAUUGGACUCGUUAAUAAGGAGAGGCACGUUGCCUGGCCCGACCUCUCUGUCCAGGACGACGUCCACGAGUAUUGCGGCGCUUCUUGAUGUGUUGUGGCUUGCUUGGCGCGACUUGUCACUCACUCAUGGAUUCCCAGGCCGCCUUUGUCUCGAUCUUCUCCGACAAAGUGAGGUAAGUCCAGUCCGAUGCCUCCAGGACCAAGAGCGUCUUCCAGUAUUUGUCGGGAUGAUUCCUCAAUCCGCUCAAAACACAUGUCUUCAUCAGCUCGUCGUUAAUGGUCACACCGGCACGCUCGAGGCGACAGCGAAGCCAGUUAGCUCGGCGCUUAAAUUCAAGGAGGUUAUCGAACUGAGAGUGGUGUAUAUGACUGAGUUCCCUCACCAAGUUGACUUUGGCAGAUGUGUGGAGGUGAAAAAUGACAUCCCAGCGAUGAAUAGCAUCCCACAAGGCCUUUGGAUCGAGGUCAUCCGGCAAUUCGUUGGUGUCAUAUCCGGAGAGACUAAAUUUCGAAUGGAUAGGCUUAGUGCUGUAGUAGAUGAUUCGGUAGGCGCAACGUCUUCUAUCAUUGAAAGUUUGAAGGUCCUGGCAGUCCUCGGGAGUGUCACCAGGUGGAGAUGUUUCCGUCCCUUUGACAAAACCCUCAAGACCAUGUAUCCUGAGAGUUCCUAG